GGGGACCCCGCGGCCGCACGGCCGCUGCUGCUGCUCCUGUCCCGGCGGGCCCGCCGGGCAUCCUCCCGCACGCCGCAGGGGGCCGUAGUCGCCCAAGCCCGGGCUGCCUCUGCGUCGGCUCAGAGACCUGCUUUCUUCACCGAGGGCUUUGCUCUGGCCCGGCCCCCGCCCUGCCAUCCCAAGUGACCGCGGCUCCCCACCUAGCGCCCGGGCACAGCCACCUGCCGCGGAAGGGGCUGCCCCCUGCGGAGCGCGCUCGUUCGUCCCAGCUCCCGGCUCCUCAGGUCCCCGCCCCAGGCACGCGUCCCCGCCUCUCCCUUCCCGCCCUCCCCUCUAGGGUGCUCUGCCCUUUCCCGUUCAACCUCCCAGCCACCUGCAGUCCCUGAUUUCCCGCCCGCUCUCUAUGGGGGACUCUGCACCUCAUCAGGUACCCCCUUCCAAAUCCCUACCGUUUGCUCCGUGUCCCCACCUCACACCAUAUAACCCCUCUCCAUCUUCCUUGGCUCGUUGCCCCUUGACCUAGUGCCCCUGUCCCUCUCUUUCCCCCAGACCCCUGGUGGCGGUCCGUUCUCACCGACGACGCCCACUCAGCCUCUGCUCAGGUCCCUCCCUUUGGCCUCCCGCGCAUCCCACCUCGUCCUCCGGAGCCCCUCGGGCCUGACGUCCUCGCCCUCCGCCCCCCGCCCCCAUGGUCCCCGAGCCCGGCCCCGCCAACCACAGCACCCCAGACUGGGGGUCGGGGCCGCCGUCGCACCCCGCGGGCAGCGGCUGGGUGGCGGCCGCGCUGUGCGUGGUCAUCGUGCUGACGGCGGCGGCCAACUCGCUGCUCAUCGCGCUCAUCUGCACGCAGCCGGCGCUGCGCAACACGUCCAACUUCUUCCUGGUGUCGCUCUUCACGUCGGACCUGAUGGUGGGGCUGGUGGUGAUGCCGCCCGCCAUGCUGAACGCGCUGUACGGGCGCUGGGUGCUGGCGCGCGGCCUCUGCCUGCUCUGGGCCGCCUUCGACGUGAUGUGCUGCAGCGCCUCCAUCCUCAACCUCUGCCUCAUCAGCCUGGACCGCUACCUGCUCAUCCUCUCGCCGCUGAGCUACAAGCUGCGCAUGACGCCGCCGCGCGCCCUGGGGCUCGUCCUGGGCGCCUGGAGCCUGGCCGCGCUCGCUUCCUUCCUGCCCCUGCUGCUGGGCUGGCACCAGCUGGGCCGCGCGCGGGCCCCUGCCCCGGGCCAGUGCCGCCUGCUGGCCAGCCUGCCCUUUGUCCUCGUGGCGUCGGGCCUCACCUUCUUCCUGCCCUCGGGCGCCAUCUGCUACACCUACUGCAGGAUCCUGCUGGCGGCACGCAAGCAGGCGGUGCAGGUGGCCUCGCUCACGACCGGUGCCGCCGGCCAGGCCUUGGAGACGCUGCAGGUACCCAGGACCCCACGCCCGGCGAUGGAGUCAGCUGAUAGCCGACGUCUGGCCACCAAGCACAGCAGGAAGGCCUUGAAGGCCAGUCUGACACUGGGCAUCCUGUUGGGCAUGUUCUUUGUGACCUGGCUGCCCUUCUUUGUGGCCAACAUAGCCCAGGCUGUGUGCGACUGCAUCUCCCCAGAACUCUUCGACGUUCUCACGUGGCUGGGUUACUGUAACAGCACCAUGAACCCCAUCAUCUACCCACUCUUCAUGCGGGACUUCAAGCGGGCCCUGGGCAGGUUCCUGCCAUGUUCCCGCUGCCUUGGGGAGCGCCGUGCCAGCCUCGCCUCGCCCUCUAUGCGCACCUCUCACAGCGGCCCCCGGCCGGGCCUGAGCCUGCAGCACGUGCUGCCUCUGCCCCGGCCACCUGACUCCAAUUCUGACUCGGGCUCAGCUUCCGGUGGCUCCUCCGGCCUGCAGCGCACGGCCCAGCCCCUGCUGCCUAGAGAGGCCCCACGGGAGCCCCCAGCCUUGGUCAGGGCUGCCGCGGUGGUCAGUUUCUUCAACAUCGAUCCCGUGGAGUCCCAGCUGCAGCUCCGUCCACUUGGGGCUCCCACGACCUGACCCGGGCUUGGAGCUGGUCGGUGGGGAGCUGUACUGGAUAGAACCAAGUCCCCAAGGCCUUGGACCAGCUCUUGGCUAAGGCUGGGAGGCUGCGGGUAUCCUGGGAGCCCUCGGAGGGUCAGCGGGGGCACUAAGCCAGCCCCUACUGCCCCCCCCCCUCGGGGGGAAAAUAGCUGGUUCAGACGGUUUUCUCCAGGAUGCCUCACUGCCGAGUAAAACCUGUGUGUGUGUGUGUGGAGGUGGCUGGGGGACUCUGGCAGAGGGGAAAAGGACUUCUCGGUUCAACUUAGGGUGAAGACAAUCAUCUUUGACAUUUCAUGAGUGUGCAGGGGAGGGUUGCCUCUGCUUGCAGAGGUGGAUGAGGGCUGGGCUGGCUCCCUCAUUCCUCAAAGUGUAGUCCUCAGGCCACCAGCAUUUGUGUCACCUCCUUGGAGUUUGUUACAAAUGCACACCCUGACACCUCCCCCCCCACCCCAAGACCUGCUGCGUCAGAACCUGCAUGUUAGCAAGAGCCCCCGGUGAACUGUGCCCAGUGUAGUUUGAGACGUGCAGGUUUGGAUGAUCUUUAACUGUGAGGAUGAGGAUGUUCAGUCGGGACAGCGUCUUGGGGCGGGGUGGGUGGGUUGUGUGUGGAGCCGCACAGAACCUGACCCAGGAGUCGGGAAGACAGAAAUCUGAAUCUCCGCUCCAGUACUCACCAGCUCUUGCACAGGUCCCUUAACCUAUCUGAGUCUGGUGUUCCAUGUACAAGUGGGGGUAACAAUGCCUGAUCAUAGGGUGUCACGAGAAUUAGGAGAGCACGUACAGACUACCCAGCAGCCACAAGGAGUGCUGUAGGUGAUACCUGUGGUUGUCAAACUCCCGGGCUUCCAGCCCCCGUGGCCUCUCGCUGUGGGCCAGAAAGGGCUGUUUGUUCCCCCAUUUUUCCCGUUUCCCUCCUCUUCUUCAGGCCUGGCCCAGAUCCCACCACCUGACUGCCCGUGGCUCCCCAGCUUCUUGCUCUGGAUGCUGGGUGGGGCUCCCGUCCCCGCUCCCAGGCUACUGCACUGUCUCUCCUGGAGAGCAAAGCAGGAGCUGGUAGUUUCUUGCUCAGCACCAGGAAUAGGUCUCCCUCCAUCCUGGACUUCCUCGGGCCUGGAAGGGAACCAGCUGAUGGGGAUACAUCAGCCCAGGGCCCCACCUCCCCCUGGCAUUGCCUGGGUCAGCCAGAGAAAUGGGACUGGAGCCUGCUUAGGAACGCAGAGUGGAGCACAAGAAGUUGGUGUGGGUUGCUGCCCUCAGGCAGCUUGGUGAACCCUGGCAUAGGGUCCUGGGUCGUUUUUGAGGGGGACUCUUGGUUCCCACAGUUUACCUGCCAUAAGGUCCUUUUAGGUCCGAGUCCCCCCGGAUCCAUCACCCCAAACUCCCAGGGAGCCGUCCACGCGUGGCCUGGCGCUCUCCUUGGUGCUGAUUUGAUUCAACUCUGGCCCCAGUCACUGGCCACAGAGGGGCCAUGGUGCUCGUUGGGGCUUCCCCUCUGCCCCAGGCCUGCCUGUGUGGACUCUUAAUAAACACUAGCUGAGGCUGUGA